GGUUUGUCUUGCAGGUGUUGCUUCGGAAAAACUAUCACACUCUUUCUCCAGCUGACCGCUACAGUUGGCCAGCUGUGGCUCGUGGCUGCAACACUUUCGUUAUCUCCCAGAAUGCUGAUCAGCCACUUGGCUACCUUAUCCCCCUGCUCACCCACAUUCUUUUGAACUCCCUCCUCUUUUCCCACCUCUCCAGUUCAGGGCCCAUAGCAGUGCUGCUGUGUCCAGGCUGGGAGAAGGCUCAGAUGAUAUACAACCUGCUGGAAGAAAGCAAGGUUUCUCAAACCCUCCACCCAAUUAUUGUCUUGGUGGGCAUUGGCAAGGAUGAAGCCAAGGCUGUAAAAUUCCCCAAAAACUUAUUAGAUGAGGCUGACCAGCUCUUCACUUUUGCACCUGAUGAGAUGGGAACCAUCCUACAACAUUUUCAGAAGGUGACUUCCAGUGAAGAGAAAGCAUCCUGUCCUCGGCAACUGGUUGCUGUGUCCAAAAGAUGGACCAGUCCUAUGGAUGAUCUAAUCUCUAAGCAUAUGCUCGAUCCCUCCAUCGUUAUAACUGUCCCUGAGGAGGCUGCACUGUAUGGUAACAUCCAGCAGGUUAUCCUGAUGACUAUUGAGAGCAACAAGAUAUCUGCACUUCUGGGAGUGUUGGAUUUCAGUCCUGAAGUUGGCCAAAAGACAUUGAUUGUAGCAAACUCUGCUGAGGAGGUUGAAGAUGUAUUUAAGGCUGUCAGCAACAAAUCAGCAUUCUGUCUCAAGAUCCACAAGGGAUUACUGGACCAGCUUGACUUUGUCAUCCAGCAGUGGAGGAAAAGCAUUGGCCCUGGCACUCAUGUUAUCCUGGUGAGCACCAGUGAGUGCUUGAGGAGCCUUGGCAUCAGAGAUGCAGCUUGUGUUGUCCACUAUGGAUUUCCGCCUUCUCCUAAAGUGUUUGGCUACAGACUCUUUUGCAUGGCUGAAAACUUUCGAAAUCUACCUAAACAA